GGUUUAGUUUGGCAGCUUUUAAGAGGAACAAGAGGAAGCUAGAGUUGGCUGAAAAGGUGGAAACAGAUCUCAUUCAACUAAAGAAAAGAAGACAAUCAAAUGAAAAGGGCUCCAGAGUCAUGUGCAGCGCUUGUGGGAGACCCCCAAAGGCCAAUGAUGGUGGUAAAGGAGGUGAUCAAAUAGAGCUCUACUUGCCGGAGAAUGACUCAGGAACAUUGGAUACAGUUGGUGCCGUUGUUGUUGACCAAGAAGGAAAUGUUGCUGCUGCUGUUUCCAGUGGAGGUUUAGCACUAAAGCAUCCUGGAAGAGUUGGUCAGGCAGCUCUUUAUGGUUGUGGCUGCUGGGCUGAAAAUACAGGAGCUCAUACCCCUUACUCCACUGCUGUGAGUACUUCAGGUUGUGGAGAGCACCUUGUCCGAACCAUACUGGCCAGAGAAUGUUCAUGUGCUUUGCAAACAGAAGAUGCCCACCAAGCUCUCCUAGAGACUAUGCAAAACAAGUUUAUUGGUUCACCAUUUCUAGCCAAUGAAGAUGGUGUACUCGGAGGUGUGAUAGUUCUUCGGUCUUGCAGGUGUUCAGCAGAGCCUGAGUCAUCACAGGAAAAGCCAACUUUACUAGUGGAAUUUCUGUGGAGCCAUACAACAGAGAGCAUGUGUGUAGGAUAUAUGUCUGCACAGGAUGGCAAAGCUAAGACUCACAUUUCAAGACUUCCUCCUGGAGCCGUGGCAGGACAGUCCGUGGCAAUAGAAGGAGGAGUUUGCCGGCUGGAGAGUCCACAAAGCUGAACAGCUGAUUCCUCACUUCAUUGCAAAGAAUGUGAAUGACUUUUUGUACAUUAAGUUUUUUGUGUCUUAACAGAUGUUGGAAAUUCUACUCUUUUGUUUUAUACCCCGUAUUGCCACCACGUGCACCAUAACUUGAGACAAGUGCUGCUGUAGUUUAUGUUCUCACUCUGUGAAUGGGGGUGUGUGCAUGUUCAUUUUUUCCCUAAUAAAAUAGGAACUCUUCUCAGUUGAGCAAAGAUUAUGUAUGAUUAAUGAUUGCGUUUUCAUUGGUUUAUGUUUGAAAAAUAACCAGAAGUUUAAAAAAACUAAUUUAAAGAUACAGUCACAAUUGUUCUUCAUGUUCUAAAUUUAACAGGCCUUUGAAGUGGCUAUAUAAUUAUGCAAAAAUUAUUAUGGUUUCUAAGUUUCUCAGUGGCUUAAGGAAAUCCAGAGGUGGUUUAAGCAUGGGUUGUUUUUUUUCCUCCCCAAUAAGGAGGAUUCUUUUGUCAAAGAAUGGUUUCAGUGAAACAAACUAGAGCAAAAUUAAGGCUAGAAUUGUUUUUAAAUAGUCUUAUAGGUCACAUCUCUGUUCCCAAACGAAGAUGUUAAUAGCUUCAAGCUGUAUGUAUUACAAAAAGCUAUAUGAAGAUAAUGUAUCGUAACGCAGUCUUUAUGUAUAAUGGAAUAUUACAAUGUAAAUAAGAAAAACAAAGUUUAUGGAAAGAUUCGAUAUUAUUCUUCGCUUCUGUUUUAAAUCUAUUUUUGAGAGGUACAGAAAUGAACAUAUUACUGGAUGCGAAGUGCAAUGUGUAUUAAGUGGAUGUUGGGAGGUCUGAUACUAGCUUUUUUACUGAUAAAGCAACUUCCUAAAGUCCAGCCACAGCAUGGGUAUUUAUAUAACUGUGUGUAAUAUGUAUGUACUGUGCAUAAAUUUACUGUAAUCUUUUUUAUACCUUCAACAAAACUGCAUUAUAAAACAAUGUAAUCCUUGUCUGCCUUGUGAAGCAUUGGCAGCUGAACUGUCGUUUGUCACCAGUUCUGAUACGUUAGCCAGAUUGCCUGAGUCCUAAAAGUGAGUUCUGACAUACAAUCUUCCGUUCAGUACUGUUUUUUCUUCACAGCACUGGCAGCAAUAGAAGACUUUUGUAAUUAAUUCAUUGUCCUGAUAAGUAUGCCAAAGAGAAACAAAAAUAGUUCAUCUUUUUUUCCCUGGUGGAUAUUUGAUAAUUCUGUUUUCAGAAAUAGUGGAUGAAUAGAUAUUCAGACUGUAUUUGCUUAAUCGGGCAUUGUACUUGCCUGUUUUGUAAUGUUGUGCCUGCCUAUAACAGACAUACUUGACUGAUUAAAUGGUUACAUUGAUUGUAGUACCAAUCUUUCAUGGAGAAAAAAAAAAUCCUAAUAAAUUUUUUUUAAUAGCCUGAGUUCAUUUUCACUGUUACAAUACAGCAUACAUUGAGAUA